GUUUACAUUUCCUCGACCCGAGUCUUUCGGGCUUCAUCAAUCUUAAAUGUGACUAAAUUAAGGAAAUGCUUCAAGAAGAGUCUCUUGAUGUUACCAUGAUGGAUUGUGAUCUGAAGCCCGUACUUGACCUGGUCAAGCCAAUAUGCCGUUGUUGCUUAGCCACUGACAAAAACGUCAAGAAUGCUAUUCUUUACAGAUCGGAAUUUCUUGAAUUAUCUGGCUUGGACGUGACGGAGACGGACGGCCUCCCCCACUGGCUGUGUUACGAGUGCUGCUCGCUGUUACGCAAAGCCGUAAGGUUCAAACGUAAGAUGUUACGAGCCCACAACCUUCUGUACGAGUACCUCACUAGGUGUGCUCCGUUCCCAAUAGACGCUCAAGAUCCGGAGCUGAGUAAAUACGCUGCCCCUGAACUGUGUGCAACAGACACCCUCGCUGUGGAGGUGGGGCGGGGCAAGGUGGGCUUCCAUAAGGUUCUGCAGCACACGAAACAAAUAAACAAAUACGAAUUGGAGAUUGAGGCGCCCGCGCACGACGACGUGAAGUCCGAGCGCGGGUUCUCGGACUACGAGGACAACAUCGCAUUGAAUGAGUUCAGAUCGACACUGAACCAAAUGUCAGGGGAGGAUGUGAACUGUUUAUUGGAAGACCCCGAGCUGCUGACGAGGAAGAAAACGACGAAGAAGAAGAAAACGAAGAAGCUCAGAACGAGGAAGGAGCGGAUGAGCGAAGUGAAGAGCGAGGAAGAUGAACCCAAAGUGAGAAACUCGAUAAGGAAGACCGUGGAAAUAGAUCCGGAGAAGAUAAGGAUCGUGACCCUGAACCCUGAGGAGCAGGUCAGGCAGAGGGAGGAGGAGAGUAAGGCGGGCCUGCGUUUCCCAUUUCAAUGCAAUCUGUGUUACAAGGGGUUCAAUUUUCAAGUGAAACUGGAUAACCACAUGCAGAAACAUAGUCCUUCCCGAGGUACGUUCGAGUGUAAGCUGUGUCGAAUGUACCUCCCCACCGCCUACAGCUACAGCGUACACAUGCUGAUACACACGCGGCGGUACGAGUGUGUGCAGUGCGGACGGAGGAUGAUAGACAGAACCUCCAUACUGGACCAUUAUCGGUCCCAACACGAGGGACAAUUGACGUUGUACACGUGUAGCAUAUGCGGAAAGGUGUCAAACAACAAUAAAACUCACAGAGGCCACAUGAGGAAUCACCACAGCGGUGACCGGCCGAAGUGUGAGCAGUGCGGGAAGACCUUCGUCAACAAAGACUCCUUGGCUGAACAUCAACAGAUCCACGAAGGCAUCAAGAACUACGAGUGCUCCGCGUGCGGCGCGCGGUUCAGGACGAGGACGCAGAUGAAGCAUCAUCAGGUCAAGCACUCCGACGCCAAGGAUUACUACUGCGUCGAGUGCGACGUCAGAUUCAAAUCUGCGCACAAUUUGAGACAACAUCUACAGAAGAGUCUGAAACACAAAGACAAACAGUCACUCAAAUACGCCUGCACCCGCUGCGACAAGCGCUUCGAGAGCGAGCGGGCGCUGCGCCAGCACGCGCUGGUGCAGCACGAGGGCGUGCGCGCGCACCGCUGCGCCGUGUGCCCCGCCGCGCUCGCCUCCAGGAGCUCGCUCGCUAAACACACAUUAGCCGUGCACGCGGGCCGGCGACCUCCGCCGCGGCACAUUUGCGACACCUGCGGGAAGGCGUUCCGGGGCAAGAGCGUGCUGGAGAACCACGCGCGCACGCACACGGGCGAGAAGCCGUUCGCGUGCGGCGUGUGCGCGCGCCGCUUCGCGCAGCGCACCGCCCUGCGCACGCACCUCAACCUCGUGCACCUCAAGCUGCCCAGGCAGGCCAAGGUGAAACCGCCUCCCGAGCCCAUCCCCCAGCCGAAACUGGAUGCUGUGGUCAAAGAAGAUCAGGCGAUGUUCGAUGCGUGGGCGCGGCCGCAGGUGCCUUGCGACGUGUACUUCACCGUUACCGCCGGACCUUGAAUACUUACGGUCACGUCUAUAUCCCUUGCGGGGUGGACAGAGACGACAGUCUUGAAGAGACUGAUACAUACAUACAUAAAAUCACGCCUCUUUCCCGGAGGGGUAGGCAGAGACUACCUCUUUCCACUUGCCACGAUCCCUGCAUACUUCCUUUGCUUCAUCCACAUUCAUAACUCUCUUCAUGCAAGCUCGGCGGUUUCGGGUACUUUUGACCUGACCCUUUACCAGGACGUCCUUAAUUUGAUCAAGAUACGUUCGUCUAGGUCUUCCCACCCCGACUUUUCCCUCCACACUCUCCUUGUAUAUCUGCUUAGUCAACCUGCUUUCAUUCAUCCUCUCCACAUGACCGAACCAUCUCAACAUACCCUUUUCUAUUCCUGUAACUACAUCUUCUUUCACAUCACAACAUUCCCUUAUCACGCUGUUCCUUAUCCUGUCACUCAAUUUCACACCCAACAUACUCCUUAACGCUCUCAUUUCCACUGCAUUUAUUCUGCUAUUCUGCUAAGAGACUGAUAGUGGCCUAUAAGUCUUUACAAGAAAGAGGCGUGAUUUUAUGUCUUAUGUAUGAACUAGAGGCCGCCCGCGACUUCGUCCGCAUGGAAACCCUAUCAAUCCCGCGGGAACUCUGGGAUAAAAAGUAGCCUAUGUGUUAUUCUGGGUCUUCAGCUACCUACAUACCAAAUUUCAUGGUAAUCGGUUCAGUAGUUUUUGCGUGAAAGAGUAACAAACAUCCAUACAAACUUUCGCCUUUAUAAUAGUAGUAGGAUAUAAUACAAUUUAUUAACAUAUACGAACUUACCUCGAGGCUAAUUCAAUCUGUGUAAUUUGUCCCAUAUAUAUUUAUUUAUUUACAUACAUACAAUCGCGUCUAUAUCCCUUGCGGGGUAGACAAGACAGAGACGACAGUCUUGAUAAGACUGAUAGGCCACGUUCAGCUGUUUGGCUUAAUGAUGGAAUUGAGAUUCAAAUAGUGACAGGUUGCUAGCCUGUCGUCUAAAAGAAGAAUCCCAAGUUUGUAAGCCCAUCCCUUAGUCGCCUUUAACGACGUCAGUGGGAAAGUGAUGGAGUGGUCCUAUUCUUUUUUGUAUUGGUGCCGGGAACCACACGGCACGUCAUCAUCUAUACUAAUAUUAUAAAGCUGAAGAGUUUGUUUGAACGCGCUUAUCUCAGGAACUGCUGGUUCAAAUUGAAAUUUUUGUUUUGAAUAGACUUUUUACCGAGGAAGGCUUUUUGGGCUUAAUCACAUCACGCUCCAACUAUAAGGAGCGAAGAAAUAAUGGAAAAGGUGAAAAAAACGGGGAAAAUUAUUCAUCCUUGAGGGCUUCAAUGAUUCCACGCGGAUGAAGUCGCGGGCACAGCUAGUGUGUUAAUAAAAGUUGUUUUACCAAAAUUUUUCAGAUAAAUAAAGUGUUCAUUUUGGAUUAAGAUAUUAAGUUUAAUGACGUGAGGUUUUUUUUUUAUAUAAAAAUCGUUUGACGUGUGGAAUAAUUGGCGCGAAAAAAGUAUUUGUGACUUGUGAUACUUAAUGUUUUCAUGCCGUAAUGCUAAUGGCAGAAUAUGCUUGGCGACUUCCAGGUGCGUGCAGAUUUUAUAAAAAUGCUGUUUAACACGUUCACAUUAUCUGAAAUUGUUUUGUAACUUUGCAAUAACUACUAUGUUAUAGAAUAGAAUAGAUUUAUUUUCAAAAUUGGACACUUGUUAUCACUUAUUGAGGUUUCAUGACAUAAAUCUAAUUAUAACUAUUGCCGCUUCCAAAGCACACGUGUAGAAAAAGCGGCGGAACAAACUACACUGCAGAUAUAGAUCUCUUGAAUCUUAAUUCGUGGCCGAAUGCACAUUGUCUACAUUAAAAUACAUGAAUGAAUGUAGAACUAAUAUAAUAUAAUAUUUAAUGUCCACAUUAUUGAAAUAUUGUUAAAUAACAUGUUAUUUAUACGUACGCACCUUUACAUCGUUUAAACUAUGUUAAGACCUUAUCUGAACCCAUAUUUCAUUAAAAAAAUAUAUUCAUUCAACGAAUAUAUCUAUGAAGACCAUGGUCCGUAUGGCAAAGUUAAGAUUCACAAGACUUAAUUACGCGUAGUAUACAUAGAUGAAAGUGUCUCGAUAUGUUUCAUGCUAUAUUAUUCUUCCUGGCGUUAGGCCCGAGAGGAGCCCAGGGUGCGCCUUUUGUUCCUGUGUAGCGUAGGUAUUUAUAUAUAGGUUAUAAAUAAGUAAGAAAGGGUGUGAACAUUUGCAGUGACAGUUUUAAUAAUGGCUGUUCGCUCCAAAAGCUUAUAAUUGCUAGUUACUUCCAAGUUUUUUUACCAUAUAAUAGAAAUUUAAAAAGAUACCAAGAGAAAGGAUAAGUUUUUUUUGGAAAAGAUAAGGAAAUCAAGGAUUUGUAAUGUUACGCAUUAUGUACAGUCGACUGCAGUGAAACACGACCUCAUUUGUAUACAAAACAAAAAUAAAGCGUAUUUUUGUGACAGUGUGAAAAAUAA